ACAUAUUUGCUUCCGCAAGUCCAUUUAAAAAAAGAUGUCUAGGCAACUCUCACACGAGCUGGAGGUAAAUGUGCCCGCUAGUGAAGCAUGGGAGCUUUAUGGCAGGCUUGGGUUAGCCAAACUUCUUGUAGAAGAAGGAAGUAUCGUUGAGAAGAUUGAGGUCAUAGAAGGUGAUGGAGGGAUUGGGACUAUUCUGAAGAAAACAUAUACACCAGGCUCACAUGGGUUUUCUGUGCAAAGAGAGAAGUUCACAAAGUAUGACAAUGAGAAACGCAUGAAAGAACUAGAGGUGCUGGAAGGAGGUUAUCUUGAUUUAGGCCUUACUCUUUUUCGUGUUCGCUUUGAAAUCAUAGAGAAGGACAAUGAUUCAUGCAUAAUCAAAAGCACAAUUGAGUAUGAUAUCAAGGAAGAAGCUAUCGCAAAUACCUCGUACGUCACUACUGACCUAGUAGCAAAAAUUGGAGAAAUCGCCAAAAAUUAUCUCAUCAAAAACAAAGCUACUAAAAAUACAGAGUGAUUAUGAACAAUAAUAUACCACGUUAUGGAAUAAAAUAACAAAUUCGUGGUAUUUCUUAUCUUUAUAUGUACUUAAGUGUGUGAUGAAGUUUUCGAAGAUGAUAGAUAUAAAUAAUGUAUUUAGGAGAUGGUAGUUUGGAUGGAAGAAAUUCCAUCUUCCAUCCAACACCAGUUGCAUCUUGAUGUAUCUUCCUAAUUUUAAAGCAAUAAAGAUGAAUGGCUUCUUUAUUUAGGAGAUGGUA